CACAAAUUAAAUCGACGGACCACCAUCCCUCACACCCGCUACUUUCACUACAGACCACAGUAAGAAGCUUCUCAACGCUUCAGAACUCUUUCACCCUUCUCACCCGCAAGAAAGUUUGAUUUCUUUAGACCUCGAAAAAAUAAAUCAGUGCGUUCCGAGCUCACUUUUUGCGCCCUGUGAUUUGAGCUAUCCGCGCGACUUUGGACGAUCGGCGCCCACCAAUCAUCCGCAUCUCAGAUCAUCCUACCUUACCUACCCUAGGUACCUUAACUACCUAUCUAGCACAUAAACGACGCAGGCGGCUGUUCAAGUCAAUACCUCUUCGACCAGACUCGGCCAUCUCUACCUGAUCGACGAUCUGUCGAUAAAUCUUUUCGCUCGACCGCUCCAUCCUAUCUCCUCCAAAUCACAUAACCGUCGCAAAUAUGGCCACCAUGCCGACAAACGGUAAUGUUAAUCACCAGGACCAGAGCACUGCGUCAGCCUCGUCCCGCAGCCAGGCCAACACCGAGUCUAGCUCCUUGUCCAAGGACGAGGUUGGUUGGUACUUUGUUGAGCAGUACUACACUACCCUGAGCAAAAACCCGGAGCGCCUACACCUCUUCUAUGGAAAACACUCCCAGCUUGUUUAUGGACUCGAGGCUGAGGUUGCGAACGUGUCAGUUGGUCGUCAGCAAAUUCAAGAGCGGAUCAAGUCCCUUGACCUGCAAGACUGCAAGGUCCGCGUUUCCAACGUCGACUCUCAGGCUUCUGAGGAGAGCAUCGUGAUCCAGGUUAUUGGAGAGACGGUCAACAAGGGAGGCGAGCCCAAGAAGUUUGUCCAGACAUUCAUCCUCGCCAAGCAGCCGUCCGGAUACUUUGUUCUCAACGAUAUUCUGCGCUACAUUAACGACGACGCGGAAGAGGAUGCCGCAGAGACCACUGCGGCUGAUGAGGAGACUGCCCCCGAGACACAAGCUGCCGCCGAGCCAGAGGCGUCCAAAGUAGAGCCAGAGGCUGUCAAGCCUGAGGUCGAGGCUGUCGAGGUGGAUGCCACCGCCGCCAGCAAGGAUUCGGAGAAGAUUGCGGAGACCAAGGAGGCUCCUGCUCCUUCAACUGAGGCUGCUUCAGCCCAGCCGGCUGCUACGAAGGAUGCCGUUGCCACUCCUGCCAAGACCGAGAGCGCUGCUGCGACCCCCGACCCUGAGAAGGUGGCUGAGGAGAUCGCUGAGGAGGAGGUUAAGAAGCCGGAGCUUCCCAAGGACCCGAGCCCGACCCCUGUUGCACCUCGCCCGGCUGCCCCUGCCGCUGCCGAGCCCGAGAAGGCCAAGGAGCCCCCCAAGCCCAUGACCUGGGCUAGCAGGGCUGCCGCUGCCGCUAGACCUGCCGUUGCUCUGCCGAAACCCGCUGUCCCUGCCGCUGCCACGCCUGCUGCCCGCCCGGCCGCUGCCGCCACCGCCGCCGCCACUCCCGCCGCCGCCACUCCUGCUGCAGCUGCACCCAAGCCGGCCGCACCUGCCCCUGCCGCCGAGGCCCCCGCUGCUCAAGAGUCGGGCAACGAGUGGCAAACAGCUGGUGCCGAUUCCAAGCGCCAGAACCGACCCCAAUCCGUUGUUGGUGCGCCCCAAGAAGACAAGGGCACUCUGGGCUACGUGAAGUUUGUUACCGAGAAGGUCAAGACCGAGAAUCUUAAGGCUCAUCUCUCUUCCUUCGGCGAGCUUGUCUACUUUGACAUCAACCGCACCAAGAACUGUGCUUUUGUUGAGUUCGCCAACAUUGCCGGCUACACCGCCGCAGCGGCCGCCAACCCCCACACCGUUGACGGCGAGCAGAUUUACGUCGAGCCCCGCAGGCCGAAGGCCAGCGCCUACGGUGGUAGCAACUACAGCAACCGGGGAGGCAGUGUCCCGGGUCGCGGACGUGGUGGAUUUGACGGCAACCGCUCUGGAAGCCAGGGCGGCCGUGGCGGAUAUGGCAACCAAGGCCGUGGUGGGCGUGGUGGUGCCCCCAGGGGUCGCGGUGGUGUGUCGCAGCCCACCAACGCAUAGGUCGUUCUGACCUAAUAUUUCCAAGUUCGAGCUACGUCAUGAAGCUUUGAGCUGGUGUGUUCACGGCCCGGACAAGACUAAACGGCAUUCUCGAGGUCUUAGUCGUUGGGAGAAAAUUCACCACCGAGGGUCGAAUAUACGGGUGAUCAGUGGAGGAAAUACAGCAAAAACCAAAGAAGAUGUGCAUUUCGGCAGGAGUUCGAGGUCGAGUUUUUCGGAUCAUUUUGAAGGACUAACCUAUAAGUCAGUCAAUCCAUUUGCACGGGCAGAGCUAGCGCGUAGAGGGUAUGGUCUCGAAAAGUUACAUAGUUGGCUUUUGGGGAGUUGGUCUUGGGACUGGUCUGGUUUUUUUUUUCUCGUUUCCGUCUCAUUUCUUUUCUUUGUUCUUGGGUUCUUGUGUUUGUCAACGCCGGGAGGGAAUGAUGGGUCAGGGAACGGCUGAGAAUGGCACUGGCAGGCUGGCGAUUAAGCUCUGAUACCUUGCUCUUGUCACUGAUUUUUUUUCUUUUCUUUUCGUUUCACUUCUUCAAAAACCCAUGUUUAUUGUCUUUUGAUUUUUGGUUCUCCAUGGCAUGUACAACAUGUCCUGGUGAAUGGACUCAAAAAAAGAAUAAGGGAGCAAGAGCAAACUCGGGUCCGGGUCAUGAACGCCAUUAAUUUGUUUUGAUCUCGGAGUUGGCUGGCGGGAUCUCUGGGAGCGUCUGGUUCUCUGUAACUUUUUUUUUUAUUAUUAUUAUAAUUGUGCAUGCGGGCUUGCUUGGCCUAAAAACCUUCGUGGGAUCUAACGGGUGCGUCGUCGGAGGGGUUCUCUGCUCAGUGAUCCUCUGGGGGCAUGUCCAGUGGGAAGAUUUAUCUUUUGAUACCCUGGUAAAUAAUGACUCCUCGCAUGUGCGAAAUCGACGAAAUGAAUCUGAU